UUUUGUCUGUGAUAAUCAAAAGCUGAGGACUUUUAGUGUUGGUGUUCAAUGUUUGGACUUUAAUAUUGUUUAUCUUUCAAUAACGAACACGAAAUUAUCAGUAAUCCAUCUUCACUUCCACAUAAAUCAUGGACGAUGGUAAAAACGGCGAUCAGAGACCCAAAACUCCUGAAAAUCCAGCAGAAAGUGCGGCCGCCAUUGUAUCAAAUAUGGCGCUCGCACAUGAGCUUGUCAUGAACGAUGACUUUAAACUACAAGAUUUCCCUGAUAAUUCGCUUGAGAAGCAUGUUAAAGAAAUUGUUCACAAAGCAUUCUGGGAGAAGUUGACAGAGGAUCUUGAAGCGACGCCACCUGACUAUAAACAUGUGCUGAUAUUGAUUUCAGAAAUGAAAGAAAACCUUCUUUCUCUUCUCUUACCUCACCACAAUUCCCUGAGGGCACAAGUCAAUGAAGUGCUUGACAUUGAGCUGAUCAAGCAACAGAUUGAUCACAAUGCUCUUGAUCUCAGACAAUGUGCACAGUUUGUCGUAAAUCUUUUGGGAAAGCUGUGUGCUCCAGCAAGAGAUGCGCAGGUUCAGGCACUCCUACAAGUGGACGGCAUAGUCAAUUUGUUUAGGGAAAUAUUUAAAGUUAUAGACAUAAUGAAAAUAGACAUGGCUAAUUUCCAACUUCAAGCAAUAAGACCACAGCUUCUUCAACAGUCUAUAGAAUAUGAGAGAAAGAAGUUUACUCAAUACCUUGAAGCUAACCCAGCCGGUUUAAUGUCUACCAAAGUUUGGUUGGAAARAGGAAAAGAAGUAGCACAUGAAGCAGCAGCAAAGCCACCUUCCUCGCCAUCUCCAUCUCCCUCUCAUUCCCCCUCAACCUCUUCAAGUGCCGAAAGCUCAACCACACCCCAAGAUACCACAGACUCUUCACCAACCCCAAAAGCUGUAUCAAGGAUGGAUCUUCUUGCACAUGCAUAUCUUGGCAUCAUCUUUGGAGAACCUGGCUGGCCAUAUCCAGAGACAUUAUUAAUGGAUGAAUUACGACUGGCAGAAAUGAGAUCCAGUAUCCACCGGAGCACUCUUUUGGCUUCAAUUAUGCUCGUUACCAUUCAAACUGUUGCUAGGCAACUAAAGUCAGACACAACCUAUGUUAAGGCAAACUAUUUUUUGGCCAAUUGUCAGUUAACUACUAACCCAAUUGGCACCCUCAUUUCUGUAAAGGUGUUUACUUUCAUUUAAACUCCUGCUGGGCUGGCGUUGCUGGUUAUACAUAGAGUGGACAUGCAGACAGACUGGCUGGGAUGUUUUGUCAGAAACCAAAGAAUCAUUAAGGUAUCAUCGUUUAAAAUAAUUUUUUAAAACACCAGAAAUAAUCGAUAAUCAAGU